CUAUCUUUUUAUGCUUGCAGGUUUUGACUCUUAAUUUAGUUGUUGGCAAUAAUUAUUAGUCGAGUAAACAACUUAAUUUGAGAUGUAUACUUCUCGAAAGAAACCGAAUUCAGCCGGUAUACAAUUAUACUACCAGCAACAGUCUUUGAGACAGAUUGAUUCAAACAAGAAUCGUUUCAAAACGUUGCAAACCAAUUCCAAUAAUGGUGGUAGAAGGCAAAGAACCAAUGUUUCUUUGGAAACAAGCAACUGGGAGAGCAACUGGGAGAAGCAAUUCUGUACCUUGGAAUCUUCUCAAGUAGCCAAUGAUGUCAUAGCUUUUGAUUCUCCUUCAUCUGCUAGUGGUGAUCCAUUCAACAUGAGAAGUACUUUUUCACCACAAAUUUCUCGCUAUUGCUCCUCUGACAACACCACAAAUGUAUCGCCGUUAGGUGUUUACUCUAGUGCGGAUGAUGACAGCUUUGAAUUUAAAAUGAAAGAAAUUGAGCUUUCACUGGUAGGUACCGAUAUAGAAGUAUUCGGCAGCUGUCUGUCCAACUCAAAUGGUAGCCUUCACCAAGGGACAUCUCAAGAUAAUGAGUUUCAUAUUGAUGAAAUGAUUUCAGAGCAAGGCUUUAAGGAAUCGGAGAUUUCAUUGUUAGGUCCCAGUUCAGAUAUCGUCGACAGCUGCCAGUCCAACUUAAACGGUAGCCUCCACCAAGGUACAUCUCAAUAUGAUUGGUCUCAAUUUGAAGAAAUUAUUCCAAAGCUAGACUUGAAAGAAGAACUUAUUAGAUGUGCACAGUUUGUAUUUGAUGGUGAUUUUCAAAAAGCAAUUGGAUUCAUGAAUAAGGUGUUGGGAAAGAUGGUAUCGGUUGCCGGUUCUCCAAUUCAAAGGUUAGGUGCUUACAUGUUGGAGGGAUUAAGAGCAAGGGUGGAAUCAUCAGGGAGUGCAAUUUAUAAAGCCUUGAAAUGUGAAGAACCAACAAGCAUAGAGUUGAUGAGUGCUAUGCACAUUUUGUAUCAGAUUUGCCCAUAUUUUCAGUUUGCUUAUAUAUCAUCCAAUGCUGUCAUUUGUGAAGAAAUGCAAAAUGAAUCAAGAAUUCACAUAAUUGACUUCCAAAUUGCACAAGGAUCACAGUGGAUGUUACUUUUGCAUGCUCUCAAGCAUAAACCCGGCGGACCUCCGUUCAUUCGUGUAACAGGUAUCGAUGACUCGCAAUCGUUUCAUGCUAGAGGUGGAAAACUUGAUAUUGUAGGAAAAAAGCUAGAAGAUUGUGCAAAAACUUGUAAAGUUCCAUUUGAGUUCAAUAGUGUUAAAAUGUAUGGAUGUGAGGUUCAACUGGAAGAUUUUGAAGUUCAACAUGAUGAAGUUCUUGUUGUGAAUUUUCCUUUUGCUUUGCAUCACAUACCGGACGAGAGCGUGAGCAUGGAGAAUCAUAGAGACAGGCUUUUGAGACUGGUGAAGAUUUUGUCGCCUAAGGUCGUGUUAUUUGUGGAGCAGGAGUCAAACACAAACACAUCUCCAUUUUUACCAAGGUUUGCUGAGACUUUGAAUUAUUACACUGCAAUGUUUGAAUCAAUUGAUGUGGCUCUUCCUAGAGAUGAUAAGAAGAGAAUUAAUGCAGAACAACACUGUGUGGCUCGCGAUAUCGUGAAUAUCAUAGCUUGUGAGGGAGAUGAGAGAUUCGAAAGACAUGAACUGUUCGGAAAGUGGAAGGCAAGAUUUUCAAUGGCAGGUUUUGUACCGUUACUGUUGAGUCCAUCGGUGAUUGAUUCAGUCAGAACUCUCUUGAAAGAUUUCAAUAAAGAUUAUAGGAUUGAACAAACAGAUGUUGCUAUCAAUUUAGCGUGGAAGAGUAAAGUUAUGUGCACAUCUUCUGCUUGGAGAUGUUAUUGACAGGGCCGACUCGACACAAGAUGAGGCUUAAAGUUAGACAAGGAUUGAAAUCAUGAGAGCACAUUCGUAUGUGCAAAUUUUGUUCGAUACCAAAAUGUAGGUAAGAUCGUAGAAUAAAUAGACUAUGUAGGAGUGUUAAAUAGGGGAACCGAGCGGCUUAAAGCAAAGACUUGUCUGAUGCUUGGGCCGACUUGACUUGCUAUCAUAGGUCUAUAGACAUACUUUUGUUGUUCGUUCUUCUUUUUCUUUUUUAUCUUUAGCGACCAAGUUUCUGGAUAGGACUUGAGAUUUAGCUAUGUUCCUCUUCCUUUUGUAGGUUAUUAUAGAGAUGAAUCUCUAAACUUGUUGUACAAUGGAAAAGAAACCUCA